CCCUCUCACAAAACUUUUAUUGAAAAUAAAAUUAAAAAAAUUAAAAAUUAAAAAAUUAAAAAAAAAAUGUAAGAAGUUAAACCAAAGUCACGGGAACGCGAACACAUUUGCCGUUGAUUAAUUUUGCUAGAAAUUUCCAGAUCUUUGUGUAAUAUAUAAAGACAUUGGUGAUUUUCAUUCUUCUUUUUUUUUUUUCCCAUAUAUAUAAUUUUGUUGUAUGCAGUCCCAUAUUUUCUAUGGCAUCGCAAUGUAUAUAACAGGAAUGCAACCCACAUACAUUUCGGUUGAGACAAACAUAUAAAGAGAAAAAUUAUGAUUAGAACAUGCAUACGAAUAACUCCUAGUCUACUUCGUCAUGCAUACCGAACGGGAAGGCUCGCUCAAGGAGUAUUGACAGGCCAACGUAAUCAAAUCAAAUUUCAUUCAACAAACUCGUCAUCGUCGUCAUUGAAUUCAACGGCGUCUUCCAUCUUUGGAAGUCUUGUUCCUUCAUGUUCAUCUUGUGGGAUAGUUCUUCAAUCGACAGAUCGUAAAUCUCCAGGGUUUUAUCUUCCUCCAACAGAUAAAGCUAACCCAAAGAAAAAGGCUCGUUCCUCGGAUAAGAUAUUUGAAAAAUAUCAACUGGAAUUAUCAGAAGAAGAUCGUAAGCUUCUUCUAAAUGAACUGUCGACACCGGUUGCACCCCUCCCUUCUGCUCCUUCAUUAAAACAUCCAUAUCUUCCAGAAUCUGGUCCAACAAAACUUGAUCCAAAUGGAAUUCAAUGUAUCCGUUGUAGAGAUGUCCUCUAUAGACGAGACAUCGAUUUGAAAGAACAUCCAGUGUUCUCCAAUGAAUCCAUUCUUUCCAACGUUGGGCCCUUGGCUAGUGUUGUUCACGUGGUGAAUGCCUAUGAUUUCCCACUUUCUGUGAAUCCUCUGGUCUUUCAAUACCGAGAUGUAAAUGAAAUAUUUGUUGUGGUGACGAAAUGUGAUCUUCUUUUUGCCACUUCUUCGACUUCAAAUAGAUAUGGUGCAAGAUUUUUCCGAGAUUAUUUCGGUAGGAAGUAUGGAAUACCUCCUCAGAAUAUAUUUGUCACUUCUGGGAAAGUGGAUUGGAAUAUUCGUGAACUUAUCAACAGACUCCCAGUCAAUGCACAUUUCUUGGGAGAUGUGAAUUCUGGGAAAUCUACUUUAAUUACAUCUCUUUUAUAUGGAGAUGAAAAACUUCUGUUGAAAGAAAAACGUAGACUUCAACUGACAAGAGAAAGAAUUAAUUCUGAAAAAAAUGAAGAUUUACUUAUAAAUUCUUCACAACCAAUCAUAAAACCCACCUUUGCAUCUAAAAAGCGAGAAUUGAAAUAUGAGACUCAAUUUAAAGCCCUUAAUGGUCCAGGGACCUCUCCGAUGCCUGCCUUCACUAGAGGAAAUAUUCGUUUUGAAUUGCCACAUUCAGGUAAUGUUGUAUUUGAUGUUCCAGGGUUUGGGGUUCAAGAUCAUGGAAUUCUUAAAUGGUUACAACCGGCAGAGAUUAAACAAGUGACCAAAGGUGUCAACAUUUAUAAAAGAGGAACCCAUGAAUCCAAAUAUGUCACCGUUAAAUCCAAUCAAUGUACUACAGUUGGAGGAUUAUUUUAUUUGACAAUUCCUGAAAAUGCUAUGGUUCAAGUUCGGAAUUGUAUUAAUGCUGAACUUAUGGUGUUUAAAGACGUUGAAAGAGCCACAGAAGUCUGUAGAUCUAAAGAUUCGAACAAGGCUGUAAGUAAACAGUUUAUCGUCAAUUCUGACGCUGCAUUAAUGGAGAAUUUGGUCAAGUAUACAAUUCCUCCAUUUUACGGAACAAUAGAUUUAGUUAUUAAGAAUGUCGGCUAUGUGAAUAUUAAACCUGUUGGUGGUAAAUCUUCUACAAAGCCAUUUACAGUAUACUUGCCUCAGGGAGCUGAAGCAGUUAUUCGCCGACCAAUCAUGAAGUACAUUGCAAAGACAUUACUGGGACGUGAUAAAAAGGGAAAUCCAUUGAAAAGAGAACAUUGGAUCACAAAGGGAACUAAGGAAGUUCAUCCCUAUACCGGAGAAGUAUUUCACAGUCGUCUAGUGAGAAUUCCUUCAAACAUUGAAGACGCACAAUUGGCAGAUUUCACGCGCGACUAUUGUAAUGAAAUGACGAAUAACUUAUCGUCCGAAGAAACUGAAAUUCAUCCAGAUAAAGUUCUGGAUCAUUACUGGAUUGAGUUGUAA